AUGCCAGCUGGAACAGAGAUUGAGGCUCAGGUAGUCUCACAAUAUUUUGGUGGAUGCAGCUUUCUCAAAACUCAUCUACUCCUUGCUCAAUGGCAAAAUGAUCUCGAACAAGCAUUGUUCACAUUUUGUGAGGCAACGGCCCCAGAUAUACUCUCGACUCGGUCAUGGCCCUGCCCACAGGCUGCAGAGCUGACGCUCCUUAUCGACGACGUUUCUCGCCAUUGUCUGAACAACAGGCAGUCUAUGAUGAACUGCGGAAUCAUACAAGAUCGAAGAGACCAAUUCAUGGUAGACUUACAAAUCUCACGCAGAAUCCGUCACGCGGCAGUUCAUCGAAACCACAUCAACAGAAUCACACAAAAUGAAUACUCAUCCUGCGUUGGGAGGGUGUUGAGCACAGUUCAGCAGGCUUUGGCACGUAGCCCGUCCGCCACUGCAAGACAGAAAGAACGAAUCAAGGCAAUUGCGAAUCAACCGUGGUGCUUGCACGCCAUGACCGCUUUCUCCGCUGUUGCUCUAUCACACAUGGUCGCGCGAGAACAAACUCAGCUUGCCAAAGAUCUGGAAGAUGCCGCCAGUCUCAAAACAGUCGAUCUUCUACAAGCACAGAAGCAAAGACAACGUGCGGAUUAUCAACGGGUCAUCAAUCGAAAACGAAAUAUAGCGUACCAAGCUGCGGCACGUGCGAGAAGACUACAACAUCGUCGUAAAGUACAAAUUGAUCAUGAGCAACGAUCGAAACGAGAGGUACUUCGGUGGAAGAUGAGGCUACAGGCCAACCUACAGUCGGUUGAAAGACUGAUUCAUGAUAUGCCCAGCUCGUGCGUGAUAAAGGCGCAUGGUCGACUAUACCCAGUAUGGCUAAUACUUGUAAAGCUUCUAGCUUGGCUGUCCGGUUUUAUGUUCGGAAGAGAACUCAAGACUUCUUCCCCAUUAUGA